GGAUCCAGAAGUAGUCUGUAGAAGUCAUCAGAUCUCAAGAAUGCAGCACCUCCACAUAUCUUUUAUUUUAUGGCAGUCACUUGAUAACACAGAGAUACUGGAAAUUUCCUCAGUUCUGGGUUAUAGUUUCUUUCUUUGUGUCUUAAGUAAAGCUUUGUGGCAAUCAGACACCCCUGAAGAUCUUAGGCCAAAAGGAGCUGAUAAAAGCAAAUUCUAGACAUACAAAUUAGUUGUGUGUCAAUAGCAGCUUUCAAAAUAAAAAAAGCACAGUAGCUCCUUUUCCAAGUGAGAUAUACAGAGUGCCCUUGAGUAUACUGAACCAAAGGGUGUUUUCUUUUCAAAGAAGAAAAUCCAGUUUUACUAGGCAAACUUGGGCUCAACGGCUACAAAAGUAAUACAGAGUGUUGCUUUCAGGCAGAAAACGGUGAAACCGACGCUGGAAAUUGUGUCAUUUCCUGGUGUCCUGACGUGGUGAGAGGCCGGCACUGUGUGAUCAAAGGCCCUUUUCACGCUGCGUGGGGAAAGCUGUGGUGCAGGUCAACACAAAGACCCAGUGUAUGCUCAGAGCUUGGGAGCCAAAAAGAUUUUCACUUAAAGCAUUUCUGUAUUGUCUACACAGGACUAAAAAAAUCCAGGGAGUCCUUGAGGUGGCAGCAAUGGCAGAAUUCAACAAUGUCCAUUCAGUGACUGAAAUGCCAGAAGGAGAUGAUGCUAAAUGCAGUUUCCAUCACAGAAUGUUCUUGGAGCCCCAAGAGAAGAAGAGGAGCAUGAAGGCUCUGGUGGUGAAGCAAGCAAAGAAAACUUGCAGCUGCACUCCAGCCAAAGCUAAAGACUAUAUUUUCAGUUUCUUUCCCAUCUUGCAGUGGCUUCCUAAAUACAAACUAAGGGAGUACCUACUGGGAGACAUCAUGUCUGGUGUGAUUGUGGGGGUCUUACUAGUCCCACAGUCAAUUGCCUAUUCUCUUUUGGCUGGACAGGAGCCUAUUUAUGGCCUUUAUACAUCCUUUUUCGCUGGCAUUAUUUAUUUCAUAUUUGGAACCUCCCGCCACAUCUCAGUUGGCAUCUUCGGUGUGAUUUGCCUCAUGGUGGGACAAGUGGUGGAUCGUGAAAUACAGAGAGCUGGCUACGACCUAGAGCCAGCUGUGCCCAGCGUCCUCACGGACACAGCCGAGUACGUCAACGCCACCGUUCCCCCUGGGAAUCAGACAUCACAGCAGCUGCUCUGUGAUAAAAGCUGCUAUGCAAUUACAGUGGGAGCCACCAUGACCUUCAUAGCUGGAGUUUAUCAGGUGGCCAUGGGUUUCUUUCAAGUGGGCUUUGUCUCAGUGUACCUCUCCGACUCAUUGCUGAGUGGAUUUGUCACAGGUGCCUCCUUCACCAUCCUGACCUCGCAAGCCAAGUAUCUCCUGGGCAUAGACAUUCCUCGGAGCAGCGGCAUCGGCUCCCUCAUAACCACCUGGAUAAACAUCUUCAAAAACAUACACAAGACCAACUUCUGUGAUGUCAUCACCAGCUUCUUGUGCUUUCUUGUACUUAUCCCAACCAAAGAGCUGAAUGAACACUUUAAAUCCAGGCUCAAGGCUCCAAUACCAGUUGAACUGGUCGUGAUUGUGGCAGCUACUCUGGCAUCUCACUUUGGGAAGCUCAGAGAGACUUAUGGCUCGAGUGUUGCCGGGCACAUCCCGACUGGGUUUCUGCCACCCCGCCCUCCAGACUGGAGCCUGAUUCCUAAUGUGGCUUUGGAUGCUGUCCCCAUAGCUGUUAUUGGCUUUGCCAUCACCGUCUCCCUCUCGGAGAUGUUUGCCAAGAAGCAUGGUUACUCCGUGAAGGCCAACCAGGAAAUGUACGCCAUUGGCUUCUGCAACAUCAUUCCCUCUUUCUUCCAUUGCUUCACAACAAGUGCAGCUCUUGCCAAGACUCUUGUGAAAGAGUCCACAGGCUGUAGGACACAAAUGUCUGGCAUGGUCACUAGUUUGGUAAUCCUGUUAGUUCUCCUCGUGAUUGCACCUUUAUUUUACUCCCUUCAGAAAUGCGUCCUUGCUGUCAUAACCAUUGUAAACCUCAGAGGAGCCCUGCGGAAGUUCAAAGACUUGCCAAAAAUGUGGCAUUUGAGCCGAGUGGACACCGUGAUCUGGUUGGUUACUAUGGCGGCCUCAGCACUCAUCAGCACCGAGAUCGGUCUUUUGGUUGGCGUUUGCUUCUCUAUGCUCUGCGUCAUUUUCCGGACUCAGAGGCCGGAGGCGCCGCUGCUUGGCUGGGUGGCAGAGUCCGAGACAUAUGAAUCCCUGUCUGCUUACAAGAACUUGCAGACCAAGCCGGGAAUCGUGGUGUUCCGUUUCGAAGCGCCCCUCUACUACAUCAACAAAGAGUGCUUUAAAUCCACCCUCUACAAGCAAACCGGGGUCAACCCGGUUUGGGUGAAGGCAGCAAAGAAGAAAGUAGCAAAAAGAAUGCUUAGAGAUAAAGAGGUGGAUUCUGGUGGCAAUCAGACCAGCAUCUCUGUGGAUUUUGUCUCUGAACCUCUUGGGUUCCACACAAUAGUGAUCGACUGUUGUGCGGUACAGUUUCUGGACACGGCAGGAAUACGCACGCUCAAAGAGGUCUGCAAGGACUACAGGGACAUCGGUGUCCAGGUGCUGCUGGCCCAGUGCAACCCCUCGGUGAGGAGUUCCCUGAUCCGAGGAGAGUUCUUCCAAGAGGGGGAGGACCCCCUGCUCUUCCACAGCGUGCACCAGGCCGUGGACUUUGCGCUGGGCGCGCAGGGGCACAAUGAGACCAGCACUUCCAAGAACUAGUGGUGGGAAGGCAGCAAGCUGGAGCAAAGUCUGGCGAAAAAAUGGCUGUGGGUCUGUAUGUCCAUGCAAUACACCUGCACUCAGCGAAAAAGAGGCAGGGUUGUUAACACGUGGCUACUGCGCAGUCUGUUUUGAUGCUUUAAGUCUGGUCUGCCUGCUAUAGUGAUUCAAUAGGUGGUGCUGAAUGAAGAUUAUUUUUAACUUGGUUACGUCCAAUCUGUGAAUCUAAGAGUUUUCAUAUGGUGGUUCAUCUCAUUUCUCUUCUCUCCUGAACUUUCCAUGUCUCAGUUCCCCUCUGAGUUUUGAUCACCAGCAUUGAAGUCUUUAUUGCACCCCUGUCUGUAUGGAUGGGGCAGGAUUUUGAAUAAUGAGGGGCAACUCAUUUCUUGUCUCUCGUUCUGGCAUUGCCUUUCCGUGUUACCACACCUUUGUAUUUUCUAAGAAAUAACUGAUGAGGACUGUUUGCUUUGGUCUUUACUGUGGAGUCAUUGGUUGGUGAUUCCUGUAGUGACCCUGAAUUUGAGACAGAUAGAUAAAUAAAAUCCAAGCAUGCA